AUGGUCGACGCCGACGGGAAGCAACACUCGUACUCAGAAGCCAGUGAACUGCGCCAAGAAGCAGGCUUGGAGUCAAAGCGCUCCUUUAUUUACGAUCCGAUCGAGGGCCGCUCGGUACACGUCAAAUGGGCCGGGACCAUGGCUGCACGCGAGGAUGGGCGGUCAAAAAAUAAUCAAAAUCGGAUCCGUCAGCUCGCCCUCGUCAUGUUGCGAGUCGUCCCCGCGAUGCGGCACUGCACCUCGCUGCGCUCCUGGGUGGCCGAAGCGUGCGAGUCGCCGGCGCUUGCGAUCCGCAACACGGACUCAAACAGAGCGAUCCACUCGACUCAACACGAAGAUCUGCACGCAUUGAGCUACGCUACCGAGUCGGUCGACUUGUUACUGUCGUCGGAGGUCUUCGAGCAUCUUCACUCACCGUACGCAGCAUUCAGCUCCGUGUACCGCGUGUUGCGCCACGGUGGGAAACACCUUUUCACGACCCCCUUUAGCGGGCUUGCGCGCGACACGCAGUUCUCACGGCGACAUGCCAACGGCACGAUUGUUCAUCCACCGAACGGGGCGACAUACCAUGGCAACCCCAACCCUCAAGCCGCGGGCGGCGGCGGCUCGCUGUUGUACACGCAUUUUGGCCAAGAAAUGGUGUCGUCGUUGUGUUCGAUGGGCUACGACGUCAAUAUGUGGGAAGUCGAUGCGCCAGAGAUGGGCAUCACCGGCGACGGCGCUCUGGUCUUCGAGGCGACCAAGCCAAGAUUAUGUCCCUAA